CAUUGCUUCCAUCAUCUGGAUCGAUUCUGCGAAAUUUGGGCCGCUGUCGACGACACGACAUCCUAUCCAGCUGCCUGCUUCGAAGCUGUUCCUGUCCAGCAAUCGACUCGAUCCAAGCGCAUCUCGGGAUCAUGGCGGAAGCGACGGCGGCGACGACGACCUCUCCAGAGCUCCGACCGACUUCAUACAUCCUCAUCGGGGACGAUCAGCCCAUACAUGCGGGCCGAGCGUCUGGCGGGCGUCGUUCCAAACGCGCUUCGCAGAGCGUCCCGUCCGAUGUGGCAAAUGACGAGUUUUUUGCGGAAAGUCAAGAGGAGGCAGCUGCGUCGCCGAUCGUGCUGCCAGUGCCGCUCGGUAGACCUCGCUUCUUCGUAUUCUUGCCAAUCAUGGCUACUCUGGAUAUACUCAUUUGCGCAGCACUCACCGCGCUACUUCUCUACGGCCCAUCCUCCGACGACCCGGCUGGAGGAGGAGAUGACCAGGCAAAAGUGGAAAAGACGAGGAGGCUGAUCUUUGCUUUAGCAGCGUCGGGUCUCAUUCGAGCUACGACUGUGGGAGUGAUCGGCUGCUCGCGAAAAGUAAGAGAGCUCACCAUCGCAGUGGCAGCUAUUUGCCUGGUGUCGAUCCUAGUCAUUGUAUCGGUGUCCAACGUUUUGUUUCUACUGCCAGCAAAGGCGCGGAGCAUGGACGGUAUCGGAGCCUCUUUGACUAGCGUUCCUCAUCAUCUCGAAGAGCUUCCGCGCCUGAGCGUCGCGUACCUCUCCGGUCAGCAACUCAUCUUCACCCUCCUCGAGUGGGCUCUCUUUGUAGGCGUUGUGGGCGUCCGCGUCCCACCAGGCGGGGUCAAUGCAGCAGGUGCUCGACGCUGGCAACAGGCAUUGGCAGCAGAAAGGUGGGACGGAGAAGUGGAAAGUCUGUAUGAAGGGCGGUCGGGAGAACAAGCAGGCGCAGAAGCGUAUACGGAGCAGGCCACAGAAGCGGAUCUGGGCGUCGACAACGGUGGCGAGACUUGCACGGACACGGUACGCACACCCAAGGCUGCUCGUCCUUCCUCAUACCUGUCGACGUCGGCACACGACCCCUCCAGACCCACUUCGCCCCUGGACCAUUACACUCAACCUUCCGCAAAAUUGGCUACCUCUCCACCUCAAGAUACGCUCUCACCUCUGCCUCGCUCUCCAGCCGCGUCCAUCUCGAGGCGUUCAGUUCGCUCGCCCAUGCAUGCUCAACAUUUUCACUCCAAUUCUCGCGAUCUCGAAAGACAAGCACCACCAUCCCUCGGAUUCCCGGCGCAAGGUCCCGCAGAAGGCGAAGAGGAGGAGGAGGGAGAGGAGAGCGAAUUGGAUCCGGACGACAUUGUCGAUAUCAAUCCAAACGAUAGACGGUUGUCGAGGCAAGAAUCGAAGAGGAGAUUGGAUGCUGCGAGGGCUAGGGGAGAAUACGAGAGGGAGAGAAAGAUCAGCUCCAACAGCCUUGCAGGUGCUACUUCUCUAUUCUCUCGAAGUCCGACCAACGCGACGAGCACGCCCGCGUCCGGAAACGCUUCGCGAUCCCAAACACCUACUGGAGAAGGCAAGAGGCUGUUGCGAGGAUCUGCCAGUCAUUUUGCCUCCGACGCCCAAAUUUCGAGAUCCACGUACGGAUCGACAGACUUGGCUUCUCGGCCUUCCAUUCCUCCUUCAGCUUCCAGGGGCUCUUCGAUCCACACCACUCCACACGGCCAUGGCGUUGAUCCUUCCGCCUCUUAUUCUUCAACAUCAUCCGCUCAGGAUGCGCAGACGCCUCCCUCUUCAGGACCAAAGAGGCUGGCAAACAGGCUCAAAAGACCUUCUUGGUUGCCUAGCACCAAAAAGGCCAGGCGGAGCGCCAGUGGACAGCAGAGCGAUCGAGAGGCAUGAUGCGCGUCGCUGUGCGCCACCGCAGCAUGGCUAUUCAAGCAUGAUUUGCCGCAGGUAGAUCAGCAUUGCUCGUCUCAAUGGCUCGUCUCACGACUCAUCGCACGCAUCACUGCUGAUCAUUCCCAGCUUGAAAUGUAAUUGUACAACUAUUCUUUUGUCUCCAGCUUCGUAUGAAGAGAUUUCUUCAUUUUUCCUCGUCAUCAGAAAGAGGCCUGCACCUUGUUCACUGGGUCAACGAGUCAGCAGGAGGGCCGAACCUACAUUUGGCUCGGCCCGAGUCCCAGCAGGCUCAUCACUGGAUGGCCUGCAACACUGCAUCUAGAGCUUUUCGA